UUUCGGAAUUCGGAGUUAGUUGAUGGCGCGGAAUCUGAAAUCUAAUCCGUUAAAGCGAUUAGAGGUCUAACUCACUCUCUUAUCCUUUCCAGCUACAAGGUUCAACUAGUGUUUACAGUUGCAGUUAGCUUGAACCCAGAGGAUUCUUUCCAUGGCGUUGCUGAACCAACAAUUGCAGAGAUUCUUAUUGAACGGAGUCAACUGCAGCUUUGGUUUGACGUCUAAGAAGAACAACAUCAGAGAGAGAAGCCGAUGCUGCUCUGCAAUCGCCAUUGACGCUCCAUCCUCUUUGACAGGCGUUGCGGGGAUCAGAUGGGGUUGCUGUCGAUUACAGGGCCAUCGUGAAGAGAUGGAAGAUGAUGUCGUCGUCCGAACGGAGGACGGAUUUUCUUUUGCUGCCGUCUUUGAUGGUCAUGCUGGCUUUUCAUCCGUCAAAUUCCUCAGGGACGAGUUGUUCAAAGAGUGUGUUGAGGCUUUACAAGGUGGAUUGCUGCUAACUAGCAAAGAUUUCAAUGCUGUAAGAGAGGCCCUACAGGAGGCUUUCACAAAUGCCGAUACGAAAUUGUUGAAUUGGCUUGAAGUGACUGCAGAGGAAGUUGAGUCUGGUUCAACGGCUACAGUUAUGUUUGUUGGGAAUGAUGUGUUGGUCAUUUCACAUGUUGGGGAUUCAUCUGUGGUUCUCUGUCGCUCUGGAAAAGCUGAGCUGUUGACCGGCUCUCAUCGACCUUAUGGCAGCAGCAAUGUUUCUCGUCAAGAAAUUAAGCGCAUCAAAGAAGCAGGUGGAUGGAUUGUUAAUGGAAGGAUAUGUGGUGAUAUUUCUGUAUCCCGUGCGUUUGGUGAUAUGCGGUUCAAGACAAAGAAGAAUGAAAUGCUGGAGAAAGGAGUUGAGGAGGGGAGAUGGUCCCAAAAAUUUAUUUCUCGAUUGCGAUUCAAUGGAGACUUGGUUAUUGCUUCCCCUGAUAUUCAUCAAGUUGCUCUUGGAUCAGACGCAGAAUUUAUAUUAUUAGCAACUGAUGGAUUAUGGGAUUACAUGAAAAGUUCAGAUACAGUAAGAUUUGUGAGGACUCAACUUCGACAGCAUGGCAAUGUGCAGAUAGCAUGUGAGGCACUUGCACAAGCAGCUCUGGACCGGGGCUCACAAGAUAAUGUUAGCAUUGUCAUAGCCGAUUUGGGGAGGACGGACUGGAGAAGUUUGCCUCCUCAGCAAGAAAGUUUUGUGUAUGAAUUAGGCCAAGCCUUUGCAACUAUUGGUAUUGUAUCACUAGGAAUUUGGAUGUCAUCUUUGUUUUCGUCAUAAAAUCAAAGCUACUCUCAAUGUAUAUUGACAGAUUUUCAUAUUCUUGUCUAUAUCAUGUAAAUGUAUUUGUUUCCCAUCUAAUAGUUUUGCACUGCUCUAUAUAAUAAAUUAUGAUAACCCAUAUUAUCCA